AUGGUAUCAGAGCCAUGGAGGGCCACCUAUGCUGCAGCAGUCUCCAGCAACGGUGAAUCGCAACCGGCGAAUCCAGUUCGAGCUCCAUCGAUGAAUCCGCCACCGGUAGCUGCAGUUCUGCAAAGUGUUUCACAGAGAAACCAACUUGAAGACAUGGAGAACCCUUUCUAUCUCAACGUCAAUGAAAAUCCAAACAGUGUACUGGUUAGUCCACCUCUUGUAGGGAGUGUCAACUACGGAUCAUGGAGCAUUUCUAUGCAAGUUGCAUUAGAAGUGAAGAACAAAUGGUCUCUCGUUGAUGGUAGCAUUGAGACGCCGGACAGAGAUCGAAUUCACUAUGGCGCAUGGAAGAGGUGCAACUUAAUGAUCAAGGCAUGGAUUCUCAAAGCUAUCCAUCCUUCGAUCGCCCAAAGUGUGAUGUACAUGGAGACCGCGAAGGACGUUUGGAACGAUAUGAGGAAGCUGUUCUCGCAGCGCGAUCCGCAUCGCAUUUCGAUCCUUCAGAACGAGAUUUACGGACUCAAGCAGGGGAAUCUGUCCGUGAAUGAAUAUUACACCAAGAGCAAAUCUCUGUGGGAGGAGAUGAAUGAGUUGCGUCCGCUUCCGAUCUGCAAAUGUAACCCUCACUGCUCGUGCAACUUGAUCGAUGAAGUAAGAAAAGAUCGUGAGGUCGAUCAGAUAAUCCGGUUCCUUCAGGGACUGAUUGAGGAUUACAACUCACUUAAAUCUAAUGUCCUGGUCCUGGAUCCUCUACCAGAAAUGCACAAAAUAUUUGUUAUGGCAGAGAAAUUCGAGAGACAGCUGAACAUAACCAAUCCAAGCCUGGAAAUCAAUUAUGCCAAUGCAGUUCAAAACAAUCAAGCCACUACAGAAGAGAUUGUUGCCAUGGUGAACCAGUACAAUAGUAAGAAGAAUAUGAACCACAAUGGUGGAAAUAAAAAUGCCAAAUGUACCUUUUGCAGAAUGAUGGGACACACCAUAGAGAAGUGCUAUAAGAAGCACGGGUAUCCACCGAGGUGGAUACCGGGGUUCAAAUCAAGAGGGCAAAGCCAGAGCCAGAACCCUUCCUCUAUGACUGCAGUAGUCUCUUUGGUCCCCAAGUUCGACAAAGCAGAGUCACAUAAUGAAGGCAAUUACAGCUUAAAUUCUCACAUAUAUUCUGUCAACCUUUGUGCUUCUACAUGGAUAUUAGAUUCGGGAGCUACUGAUCAUAUAGUAUGCUCUCGCGAAUUUUUUGAUGACUAUCAUAUUAUUGAAGGAGCUAUGGUAAACCUACCAAAUGGGGAGGCAAUCACAGUUCAACAUAAAGGAAACAUCAAGUUAGCAGAUGGCAUAUGGUUGCAGAAUGCCUUGCAUAUCCCAGAGUUUAAAUUUAAUAUUGUAUCAGUUAGCAAAUUGCUUCAAAAUUCAUCUUACUCUUUGAUAUUUGAUUAUGGCCAGUGUCUACUUCGGAAUCUUGGGAAGACCACUGUUUUUGCUAAUGAAGAUAAAGGGCUAUAUCUGCUGCUUCAACCACCAGAGAUUAACCAUUGUAAACAUUUUGUUUUGUAG